UAUUGCUAUUUCAACUUCAUCAUUCAGUCUUUUUUCUCACUCUCUUCUCAAGUAACAUUAAUGGCGUCAAAUUCCAGAAGCUCGUCAUGGACGUUUAAGCAGAACAAGAUGUUCGAGAGAGCCUUGGCAGUUUACGACAAGGACACACCUGACCGAUGGCACAAUGUAGCAAACGCUGUCGGAGGGAAAUCUGCAGAGGAAGUGAAGCGUCACUAUGACAUCCUCGUCGAAGAUCUCAUCAACAUCGAAACUGGUCGUGUUCCUUUGCCUAACUACAAGAGUAGUAACAAGACCUUCGAAUCUAACUCCAGAGGCAUCAAUGACUUCAACACGAGGCUAAUGAAGAAUUUGAAGAUCUAGUGAAGUUUAUCAUGUUUAACUGUAAGGAUUCAGAAGACUGUGUGACUCUUCGGUUUCAAAAAAAAAAAGACUAUGUGACUCUUCUGAUUAUUGAUUAUGUUUGUAUUGAUCGUUUGCUUUCGUAUUGCGUGUUUGUGUACUAUUAUAAUUUAAACCCUUAAAGAAUUGAAGAAAGUAAAACUCGGUCAAAUAUUUUAUAUAA